AUCAACCAAAUCCAAAUUAGUCGGAAGGGGUCCAUAUACCAGGGUUUAAACAUUUUAAAAUUCGUUAAUAAGAAUCUUCCUGGAUUGGAUACCUUCAGAAUGGAUUAAUGAUGAAUGAAAAUAUGUGUUGCGUAAAAUAGUUUCCUCAUUUUUUCAUAUGAAUUACAUAUAUACUCAUUACAAUAUUAUGUACUCAUGCAACAAACACCGUGUCCCAAAGAAAGUGAAAUUUGUCGCAAUUCUAGGUAUAUUAUACAUUGUCUUUGGUUAAGUGAGUGUGUCAUUUAUUAUCUUUAUAUAUGGGUAACAGAGUUCUUCAGCCGUAGUUCAAAAUCUGCUCCUGAAUCAUCCAAAGAUGUACACGAAAUUUUUUAUCGCUCUUUCGCUCUUUUCCUGUGUUUUGGGGUCUCCCAAAAAGUAUAUGCCUGAGGAUGAAAUGAAUUUUCAGCCUAGUUCCAAUAGAUACUUCGAAUAUAAUCUCCAUUCUUCCAACAAUCAUACGGCAGAAAGAAAGUCAGAUCAGAAGGAGUCCAAAUCGGCCUCAGACAAACUGAGGUUCGGCUUGCCAAUUGUUUAUGGUAGCACUGGAAGUGGAGCACAAAGUUACCCUCAAACUGGUGGAGUUAGCUACAUGGUUUCACCUAUGAAACUGGACAUUGGAGGUGUUGCAUUAGGAGCUCUAAUUGGGCUUGGUGCCAUUUUGAUCCUGCCAAAACUGGCCCAUGCAUUUGGUGGCUUACACGGUGGUUACAGAAGUUAUUAUCUGAAUGUUCGAAAUACUCUUGUUUUAGGCUUGGAUGAUGGAGUAUCCAGUGUAUCUGACAUGCUUUCGAGACUGGACAAUACGUUAGAGCAGAACAACAUUGACAGCAGUUCUUGCAUGCAACGAAUUGUUUGUAACUACAUUCACGAAUCCCGAAAAAAUAUAGAAAAUGGCGAAGCUAGUGCCGUUGAUGAGAUAAUCGGUGUCAUAACUAACAAUUCCUUAGUAUCCCAAUUAUUAGACGGAAGCAGCAUCAAGCAAGCCGUAGACAUGGGAAAAUCAACAGAUACAGAUAGAUGUUCAUCUCUCUAUAGGAAAUGUCCUGUAGAUAAGGAUAACAUUGUGAAAGUUAUUACUAGUAUAUUGCCCGUUUAAGGUCUUUGUAACUUCCUGAAACCACGACACUUUAUCCUUUAUCUUUAGUCAAUUUAUUUAAUACAAAAACUUUUUCGAUUCACCCUAUAUA